AUGCAGACGAAGAACUUUGGUUCUUCAGGCCGCAGCAGCAGCAAAACAACAUUACACAGCAGCAACACAAACAGCUGGGGGGCCUCGUCGCAGCUGGGGGGCCCCAGAAGAGGUACUGGGGGGCCCCCAACGGUACCCAUUGUGGCGUCUGCUGCUUCUGUUAGCGCUCACUACACCGCGGGGGGCCCCCCAGGCAGGGGAGAGGUGAAAGCUGUGCAGUUCGUGAGGAGAAUCGAGGUCGUACACACCACCACUGCUGCAGUGCAGCAGCAGCAGCAGCAGCAGCAGCAGCGGUACAGCAGGAGCAGCAGCAGCAGCAGCAACAGCGCUUGCAACAGCAGCACUGGGUCGCUUGCAGCUGCCUAUGGAUUCAAUACAGGCAUCGCCGAGGCCCUUGAAGGAGCAGCAGCAGCAGCAGCAGCGCGAGGGGAGGGGAAGACGAUUCUGCGGCGUUCCACGGGAGCUGCCUAUACACCUGACGGUGCAGCAGCAGCAGCAUCUGAACUGGCGACAUCUUUUCUAAGCCACGACGAAAUAAAAAUAAAAACAAAAAGCAGCAAAAGAAAAGAAAACGCAGCAGCAGCAGCAGCCCGCAGCCGCACUUCUAUGGGUAAGAAGGAGAAGGAGGAGCAAGACCAGCAGCAGCAGCAGCAGCAGCAGCAGCAACAGCAGCAGCAGCAGCAACUCACAGCCUGA